GAUGAUGAUGAUGAUUUACUCUAAACCUUGUCGAUCCACUUUGACAUUCAUGAUCGCCGGUUUGAGUCUUGACGAUCUUUCAAUAUCUCCUCUAACUUCCCUUCAAACUUCAAAUGGUGAAGCUGCUACAUCUUGCUAGCUAACUUCCCAAACAUCUUCUGAAAAGCUGCUGCCUCUGUGGCUAACAAGCUGAAAUCUUCUUCUUCAAUCGGUGAUACCACUGCAUCUUUGGCUAGUUGGCAUCCCAUCUUCUUCGGCUUCUUCUUCUUCUUCUUUUUCUUCUUUUUCUUUUUCUUCUUCUUCUUCAACUCCUCGACCCCCAACUCAGCUUUGUAGCUUGAGUU